CGUGUCAGUCAGUACAGUAGCGAUUCGUCCUUUGUUGUUAGUGGUAGUCCGUUCCGUUGCUGUUGUUAAACAAAACAUAAACCAAAAUAUUAUUGGUUUAAACUGUUAAGUGAUUAAAUUUCGAAAACAUUAUUUAAGUAAUUUAAAUCAUCUCUAUUUAUUUUAUCUGAUCAUCCUGCAUUGAAGCAAUAACGAAAAUCUUACAAUGAAGAUCGCUGUCGAGGGUUGUGCUCAUGGUGAGCUUGAGAAGAUUUAUGAAACUUUGCAAGAAUUAGAGAAACAAGAGGGAUUCAAGGUGGAUUUAUUAAUCUGUUGUGGCGACUUCCAAGCUACGAGAAACACACAAGAUCUGUCCUGCAUGGCAGUGUCCGACAAAUACAAGAAUAUUUGCUCAUUUUACAAGUAUUAUUCUGGAGAAAAAGUGGCUCCUGUGCUGACAAUUUUCAUCGGAGGAAAUCACGAAGCAUCCAACCAUCUGCAGGAACUCAGCUACGGUGGAUGGGCAGCUCCUAAUAUUUAUUAUCUGGGGUAUGCUGGAGUGGUGAACUAUGGAGGUGUCAGAAUUGCUGGACUUUCUGGAAUUUACAAAGGCAGAGACUACAUGCGAGGCCACUACGAGAGAGUGCCGUACACAGAAGACACAAAACGUUCAGUCUACCAUAUCCGCAACCUAGAAGUGUUCAGGCUAAAGCAGUUGAGCCAGAAGGUGGAUGUGAUGCUCUCUCACGAUUGGCCAACUGGAAUCACUAGCCACGGAGACGUUGGACAAUUGCUGCGGUAUAAACCGUUUUUCAAAAAAGACAUAGAGGAAAACGCAUUGGGCAGUAGGCCGGCCGAAGAGUUGCUGCAUCACAUGAAGCCAGCAUAUUGGUUCUCUGCUCAUCUCCAUUGCAAGUUUGCUGCCAUCGUUUCUCAUGGGCCAAGAAAAGGAUUCACUAAGUUUCUAGCGUUAGACAAGUGUUUGCCAAAAAGGAAAUUUUUACAGAUCCUGGAUAUAGAGCAUGACAAGAACAAGCCUCUGACCCUCAGCUACGAUCUGGAGUGGUUAACGAUAGUCCACCUGACCAACCAUCUGCUCAGUGUCAAGAGAGGGCUGACGUACAUGCCUGGACCCUCGGAGAAUGAGAGGUGGAUAUUCACCCCUUCUGAAAAGGAGAAGGCUCACAUACUGAAACGGUUCGGCGGAGACUUGACCGUGCCUCUCAACUUUACUCGGACAGUGGAGCCGUAUUCUCCCGACAAUUUAGCAUCGCAGUACGCUCCGGUGAGCUUACAGCUGAACCCCCAGACGAUGCUUUUCUGCGAGCUACUGGGUGUGGACGACCCGCUGGACCUCCUGCUCCAGAGUACCAGCCAGGACAGCACUCCCAACUCCUGGGCACACACUCCGGACACUCCUGGGAGCCUCAGUCGGACAUCCCUCUCUGCCGAUGACAGCUCCUUCCUGGACACCAGCUUGGAGGACUCAAGCAGAUAUACGGGAAGCAGUACACGGUCUCUGCCGAUAAAACGAUUCAGUAUGUCUCUUCCACUUCCUAAGUUAUCUCUUCCUGACGAAAAUUCAGAAGACUUCCUCCCCUUGACCCAAGAACCUCAGGAGUCUUCCCAAGAGUUUAAAUCGUUGCAUGAAAGUGAAGAUUCAACGAAUACCAACAGUACAUAUCUGACGGCAUCAACCAACACGUCACAAACUGAAGAAAGUGAACCCAGCCAACCAAGGAAGAAGUUCAAGCGGAGAAAUCAAGAGUUUUACACCAGUGAGGAGACUACCUGACGGACCGCCCUUGUCUACAUAGAACAUAUGUAGUUACCAUAUCUGUAUCAUUUUGUAAAUAUUGUAAAUAGUGUUUUAUAAAUUCUGUAUAUAAAUUUUUAUCAUUCUA